AUGGCAUCGCCCUUUGCCCGCUUGGCCGGGCACUCUGCAAAACGACUCUGCCUUCGGCCCGCCACCUCACGCACAUACCUCUCCCGCCCCAGCUACAGAAGAACAGUCGCAACCUCAUCACCUCGCCAUUAUGCCACACCCUCCGACCAGCCUGCCGAACAAACCGGUACUCGCCUCGUUCCUGUCGACGAGCGCUUCGGCCACCCUAUAAACCCCGAUGAGCCCCAGCAUAUGAACCUCACCCCAGAAGACGGGGAAAUGGCUCAGAACCGCAAAAUCAGGCAUUACACCGUGAACUUCGGACCUCAGCACCCUGCCGCCCAUGGUGUGCUACGUUUGAUCCUCGAGCUCAAUGGCGAGGAAAUUGUGCGCGCGGAUCCGCAUGUUGGGCUACUACAUCGCGGAACGGAAAAGUUAAUAGAAUACAAGACGUAUUUGCAGGCUUUGCCCUAUUUUGAUCGGCUGGAUUACGUGUCUAUGAUGACCAAUGAGCAGUGCUUUUCGCUCGCGGUAGAGAAGCUGUUGAACAUUGAGGUGCCUGACAGGGCGAAGUGGAUCAGGACGUUGUUUGGAGAGAUUACGAGGGUGCUGAACCAUUUGAUGAGUGUACUCAGUCAUGCUAUGGAUGUGGGAGCGCUCACGCCUUUUUUGUGGGGCUUUGAGGAGAGAGAGAAGUUGAUGGAAUUCUAUGAACGUGUCUCUGGCGCCCGCCUCCACGCGGCCUACGUCCGCCCUGGUGGUGUCCACCAAGACCUUCCCCUCGGCCUCCUCGACGACAUCUACCAAUGGGCGACUCAAUUUGGCGACCGGAUCGACGAAACUGAAGAAUUACUUACGGAUAACCGAAUCUGGAAAGGUCGAACCCAAGGUGUUGGCGUUGUUUCCGCCGCCGACGCUCUCAAUUACUCUUUCUCCGGCGUCAUGCUUCGAGGCAGCGGUGUACCUUGGGAUGUACGCAAGAGCCAACCAUAUGAUGCGUACGAUCAGGUAGAGUUUGACGUCCCAGUCGGGGUAAAUGGAGACUGCUACGACCGCUAUCUCUGCCGCAUGGAAGAAUUCCGCCAAUCCCUCCGCAUCAUCCACCAAUGCCUCAACAAAAUGCCACCCGGCCCCAUCAGAGUUGAAGACUACAAGAUCUCCCCACCUCCCCGAGCAGCAAUGAAAGAAAACAUGGAAGCCUUGAUCCACCACUUCCUGCUCUUCACAAAAGGCUACACCGUCCCUCCAGGAGAGACUUAUAGCGCGAUCGAAGCACCGAAGGGAGAGAUGGGUGUCUUUGUAGUGAGUGAUGGCAGUGAGAGACCAUAUAGAUGUAAGAUUCGGGCACCGGGGUUUGCGCAUCUAGGGAGCUUUGAUCAGAUCAGUCGGGGGCAUCUUUUGGCGGAUGCGGUGGCGAUCAUUGGGACGAUGGAUCUGGUGUUUGGGGAGGUUGACCGAUAG